CACCACUUCGUCUUGAAAAAAAUAUCAUCAGCUGUAACUCGUCGUCUACAAUGGCUGGUCUGACAUUCUGUUAAACCUAUUUUUUAUACAAAACAUAUUAAAACUUCCUGUUCACAUAUUUGUGAGCUGUUAAGCUCCGGUUUAUCGAAGAUGAUACUACAAAUACAUAUAUUUCAUACACAGCGACUAUCGCAAGAUCAUGCAACAAACCCAAUACAAGAAGUCGUCAUAGCGUCGAGUAGAUAUUAAAUUAAUUCAAGACAGCCAUAAAUCAUAAUACUUUUCAACAAGGGUCAAUUUGUUCGAACUUACCUAAAACAACAGCCAACUGAAUUUCAUCCGAUUUCCUCAUUGGACACAGACUACUGAAUACCAUCAUUUUCAUGACCAAAGCCUACGAUGGCUUCCAUUUUCACUUUCGAUCAUGAUCCUCCACGGGUGAAUUCUCCUUGGCAAACUGCCCAAGAGUCGGGAAAGAGACCUCAGGUCGAGCGUUCUGUGACAACUGGAGCCAUUGUUGAGUCAGACCAACUCUCUGAUUCUCACCUAGAGAGACUUGAAGCUGAGCCACAGGACGGUCCAAUCGAGUACAAACUACACUUAUUGCUACGGCCUCGAAGGCGAUAUAAUACUAUGAGCACUGCGUUGAAAGUAUCCGGGUCCCAGCAAUCUAAACCAAUGCGAGAAGCGAAACAACCGAAGCAAAGCGGUCUACCUCUCUCUUCUUCAAGCCAAACUACCAGGCAGAAUCGUCUCCAUCAUUUAACUACUCAACUGCUUUGGAGACUGCAGCAGUCAUCGCCAAAUCAUUCAACUGCGAGACGUGACCUCGUCAUACCAAGAUUACCGGAAGACAUCGCUGAUCUUACUGCUCUAGAGAAGCCAGGUCAACUGCUCCCAGGCCUCGAGGAAUCCAAUGGAGCGCUGUAUGAAAUAGGAGUAGCUGACGACGGAACCUUCAUCGGCUUGACUAAAGACGAAAUGGACGAGAGUAUGACAACCCUCAAAGUUAUGGCUGCUAGUCUGGGCUGCAGAGUUGAGGUGCAGCGCAUGAAGGCCGUCGGGACCUGUGAAUGGAAUGACAGCACGUCGGAAUCAGAAGGCGAGACUCGUGUAGCAGAUCUUUGGGUUGCAGAAGCUCUCGUAAUGCCAGUGUUGAAUAUCGAGGGUAACAGGAAUGGUCAGCAAACAGACCAGUUGGAUGCAACUCCUAGAAGAGGCGCUUCGAUCACCGAACAACUCCGUGUUUCACUCAUUGGGCCUACAACAUCUGGUAAAACAACACUACUCGGAACACUUUCCAAUGGCACAUUGGACAAUGGCCGGGGAAGAAGUAGGAUCAACCUAUUGAGGCACCGUCAUGAGGUCGCAUCCGGACAAACAAGCGUGAGUGAAACAAUUCUAUACACCCGUCGCAGAAAACAACGCUUGUCAAUUGCGCAAGAACUUAUCGGAUAUGAGGAUCAAAGAAUUUUCAAUUACAACAUCGAUAAUAUCAAUGAAUGGCCAGAUAUUCACGAUCGUGCAGAGAAAGGCCGUCUGGCCUUCUUGCUUGACUCCGCUGGACACCCGCGAUAUCAGCGAACCACCCUUCGGGCUCUCGUCGGCUGGGCUCCUCAUUGGACCUUUCUGUGUAUUCCAAAUGAAGAUGGUCCAUCUACUUCUGGCGUCCAUUCCCUUUCCGGAGUGGACGGGGCUCUGGGAGUUGGGAUAGUUUCGAUGGAUUUAGCUAUGGCUCACCUUGAUCUGUGCCUAAAACUGGCCAUACCUCUCGCCAUCCUCAUCACUAAAUCCGAGCUAGGACAGAUGGCAACCCUGAAGGAACAUUUAGCUAUAGUGUUCACUAAAGUCAAAGCUAUGGGGAGGACACCAAAAUUGUUGACUUCAGCCGCACGCGACGAGGAUAAUCUGACAGAAGUACCCGAAAACGACCUCCGCAAGAUCCAGGAUGAAGUCAUUAGCCCUAUUACCAAAUCUGGUGACCCGCUGUCUAUCGUCCCCGUGAUUCUUACAAGUGCUGUUAAAGGUAUAGGUAUUGGGCUGACUCAUGCUUUGCUAAGAAGUUUGCCGACUCCACCUAUACCGACGGCAAGAGAUUUCGUACCACUCGCCUUGAAUCCAGAACAACCGGCUGCUCUCUUUCAUAUCGAUGAGGUUUUUGACAUGUCGUUGAGCCGCGCCCAGACUAUUACGACCUCGGGGUCAGGGGAAAGCGCACCUGUGGUAACGGGUUAUCUACGUUUUGGGAAGUUAUCCAUAGGUGAUAAAGUCGUCUUAGGACCUUUCCCAGGAGAUGACGAGGAUGCUGGUGCUCUAGUUCCGAAUGAUCACCCUCCACCCGGAUAUGGUUUAUCGAUUCCUCAUCCUUCAUCUGCAGAAUUUGCUCGACUUAGCUCUCGUCAUACGUUAUCAGCCUCCAAGGUGGAAGGCGAAUGGCGCCAAGCUACGAUCGUGAACAUCCGCGAUCUGAGGCUCCCUGUGCAAACUAUCGAAGCGGGGCAGGCGGGCUCUAUCCAGGUGGUCUUUAACGAGCCUAAUGCGGAGAUAUCUGAUUCUAAUGCUACCCCUGGGAAACCGAAACUGUCUAUUAAUAGCCUCCGCAAGGGCCAGGUUCUCGCCGUGCCUAGUCAACAUAUGGUUGAUACAGGGCUCUCCCUUCAAGCAGCUUCUAGUCUCAUAGCUUCCUUCAAAACGUCGGACGUCAAGUCACUAACAGUGAAUAGUCUGGUAAACGCUUACGUAGGAAUGGUUCGUACCGCCGUUCGGGUAUUGCGAGUGAUACGUCAAAGGACCGAGCUUAAUGCACAAAAGGAUCCCACAGAAGAUGACGAAGAUAUGUUUGGCAUGAACGAUCAUAUAGAGCUCGAACGUACUAGGUCAGAAGCGGACCUCGACGAAUAUCAAGCCGAAUACCAUGUCUCGCUGGAACUUCUGAAUAAUCGGGAAUGGAUCGAACUCGGUUCUCAAAUAGUUCUGGUAGAAGGGGGAUUUAGAGACAAGUCGGGGCUCGAAGGUUAUGUCGGCAACGUCAUCGAGAUUGUAGAGUGA